AUGGAAUAAUAAAUAGUUUAAGAAGAGGUUAACUUCGACUAAGAAAUUUAAAAUGUAUUCGACGAUUAAGAAUACAUAAACAAUCAUACUUAAGGUGAAUUUCAUGAAAGUAUUAAGGAUAGCAUAGUAUUGAUCUUUCUUGGAGCGUUUCAAUAAAAUUUUCACACAUUUUAUCAACAUUUUCAAAUAAAAAAGGUCAUUUUAGAUACAAAUUACUAUAAGUUAGUUAGACUAGAAAAAUAAGGAAAAAUAAGUUAUUUAUUAAAUUUCCCUUUAAUUUUACAAUAUAAUUACGAAACUAAUUAAAUACCUUUGGACUUAUGUAUUUCAAAAAUAUACGCUGAGAAAGCACUUCAGAAGAUGGAAAAGUGCAAAUUUUAGUUAAUUAUUGAUAUGUAAUAAUUAAAUGGAGAAAAUGAAAUUGCAAAGAUGGAUAGGAUGAUUAAAGAUUCAGUUGCUUAUUUUGGGAAAUAUUUAUUCAAGAAAAAUUCUUUUUUAUUUCUUAACCCAGAAGAUGAUAAUAUGUGGAGGUUAUGCAAAAUUAAAUUAUCUGAUAAAAAUAUCUAUUCAUAAAAAUUUUAGCCUGAAGGAAUUAACUAAAAUAAAGUUUUGCAAUCAAUAUUUAGAUAUGAUUCUUAUUAAUCCUUAAAGAAUUGCAAAUCGAGGGAUUUUUUGAAUUAUGGAAAAAUGAUGACUUAUUUAUCAUAAAAGGAAACAAUUUUAAAGGACUAUUUUAAUUAUCGACUUAGAGAAUUUUAAAAGCUACUUCUUAUGUUACAGUAAAUGCCAAUCAUUUCGAAUGCAGAUGACACUAAGACAUUAGUUAAAAGCUAUUUAUAAGAAUUAAAAAAUGGUAUUAAUAAUAUCUAGAAUUGCCCAUAAAAUAGAUUUUCGAAAUUAAAAGAAAUUUUUAAAAUUAUAAAUUAAAUAAAUUCAGGAAAUAAAGCAAAUGAAUUGAAUAAUAAAAUUUAAAAAAAAAAUACCCCAUAAAUGAAAUAAUUUUAAGAAGAAAACUAAAUUGAAUAAAUAAGUAUUCACCCAAUUUUUAAUGAAUAAGACGUAUAAAAGAUAGAUAAAAUCAUUCAAUUUUGGGAGACAUAUUAUUAAAAGUUCGAAAUUUUAGAAGCUAAAAACUUGGAAAUUAAUCUUUAAUUUUGGUGCUAAUAUUGUGCUGAUGCGAUUGAAAAUAUACUAUAUUAACUAAAACGUACAGUAAAGGGAAUAUAAGAAGGACCAGAAAAUCCAAUUGAAAAUGGAAUUUAUUUUAUAGGAGUAACUAAAUCAGGAAAAUCUACAGUUAUGAAUGCAAUUUUAAAUCCUGAUAAACUUGAAUAAAAAAUAAUUUUAGGUAAAUAAUGCUACUAAAUUUGUUAAGAAUAGGAAACAAGCUUUAAAAUUGGUCAAGGCGGGGUUAGUAUGACAUAAAAAAUUAGUGGUAUUUACAUUGGUUAAAAAGAGGAACUUAAUAAGAUCUUUUAUAAUUAAAAUAAUGACACAAACAUUAGUGAUUAACAAUAAGAUGUUUUUAGCUAUUAAGAAUUACCAAAUUUGGCAGAAGAAAAUUAACUCAAAUUACCUGAAAAAUGGUUUAUUUUUGAUUGUCCUGGAUUUGAAGAUAAUUAAAAUGAUUUCAUGCGAAUUGCUCAUAGAAUAAGCUUGUAUAAUUAUUUCAAAAAAACAAAAAACAUUAUUGUUUUUUUUUUGAUCGACAUUUCUAUAUAGUCGAUCGAAAAUGUUAAGAAUACAUUCGAUCCCAUUUAUAGUCUUUUAUAGAAUAAAACGGACUUAGAUCAAAAUUUUAAAAGUUGGGGAAAUCUUAUUUUAACUAAAGCCGAAAAAGAUUCAAGAAAAGAGAAUUUAGAAUAAUGGGAUCUGGCCUUUAAUGGAUUAUUAGAAUAAAAUUAUAGCUUCUAUAAAAAGCAUUUUGCUGAUGACUAAAUUUGUUUCGAAUUUUUGAGACCUUCAGAAGAAAUGCAUUAUGAUAUAAAAAAGUUUGCAAACUCUAUUAUUGUAAAAGCAGAAUAGUAACUUUAGUAAAGAAAUAAUAAUAAUCCAAUUUUUGAGCUUCAACUUGAUAAAAAACUUUCUAAUUUGUAUCAAACAUGUAUGCUUAAUAUUAAAUUGAAAUUAGAAUUAUUACUUAAAUUAUUUUAUUAGAAUUUUGAUGAAUACUUUUCGAAAAGUGAUGAUCCUAUAAUUUAGAAAUUUGAAUAAAUAAAAACCAUUAAAGGUAUUUUUCUUGAUUUAAAUUGUACUGCAAUUAAUCUGACUAAUUGCAUAUAAAUACUUUAGCGGUUAUCAGAAUGGAUCAAAAAUAACGAGUAUACAAAAAAAAUGAGUUUUUUCCUUGUAUCAUAUAUUUAAGACAUUGAAACUAUUUUUAAAAUAUCAAAAUAUUGCAAGAAUAUAAAGAAAACUUCUUUUGAAGUCAACAUCACACCAUUUAUUAACAAAAUUGAAGUUGCUUAUCCCUUAAUCGAAAAUAUGAUUGGUUUUAAAAAAUUAAAAAAUAUCGUUGAUUAUACAACAAUUCCUAUUUUAGUAGGAGUAUUGUUAUCUGGAGGUUGGGUUUGUUUAUCAACGGUAGCAUUAUCACAUACUGUUACGUAAUGGUUUCUUUUAACAGGAGCCACAUCAUCAUUUGCUCUAAUUUCAUCCAGUUUAGUUGAUAAAUUAUUAAAUUAUCUGUUUUAAAAUUAAUACAAGAAGUGGAUCAAAUUAUAAAAUUGA